AUGAGCACCCCCACUCAGCUCCAACCACCAGCAAGUCCAACCUACAUUCUCCGCGGCCAUGCCUCCCCAAUCCACGGGCUGCACAUUUUCCACCAAAACCUCCGGCUCAUCUCCGGUGACGCCGACGGCUGGAUAAUAGUCUGGGAUCUAGUCUUCAAGCGCCCAGUCGCCGUAUGGAAAGCCCACGAAGGCGCCAUCCUCGAAGUCAAAGGCUUCACUUUCAGCAACCAAACCGUGACAGAAGUAUAUACGAAAGAAUCCACCACAGCACCAUUCCCUCUUCGCCGUCCCCAACGCCCUCAACUCAGGCGCAAUCGACAUCUUCCACCUCCCACGCGAAAGACGCCUCUGCACAAUUCCAGCAGACCCAACCACGCAAACAGGCAUGGUCAUGGCCGUUACCCUCUUCUACUCAUCCACCAGGGAAUUAUACAUAGCAUCCGCCUACGAAGACGGCCACGUGAUGGUCUUCGCGCUGCGAGGCCAACUAACCACGCAAGACUUUUCCGGAAAAGCCAGUAG